AGGGCGGCGCUGGCGUCUGCCCACCAAUCACAGCCCCUCCCGCGGACUCUGAGCGUUUUGAAGGAGACGCCUCAAGUGAACGUCAUGCACACAAUCAUUCGGAACCGGGAGACGAGCCGGGACGAAUUCAUCUUUUAUUCACGGCGACUGAUGAGGCUUCUUAUUGAGUAUGCGCUGUCUUUCCUGCCCUUCAGGACCUGCACCGUUCAGACCCCGCAAGGACACGAGUAUGAAGGCAGGACGUAUGAUGGAAAACGAAUCACCGGGGUGUCCAUUCUGAGAGCGGGCGAGACGAUGGAACCGGCACUAAGAGCCGUGUGCAAAGAUGUGAGGAUUGGAACCAUCCUUAUCCAGACCAACCCUAGCACUGGAGAGCCUGAGCUGCAUUACCUGCGACUUCCUAAGGACAUCAGUGAGGACCACGUGAUUCUCAUGGACUGCACGGUGUCCACAGGAGCAGCGGCCAUGAUGGCGGUCCGUGUACUGCUGGAUCACGAAGUUCCCGAAGACAAGAUUUUUCUGUUGUCAUUGCUCAUGGCGGAGCUGGGUGUCCACUCCGUGGCUUAUGCCUUCCCACGUGUGCGCAUUCUAACAACUGCCGUGGACAAAAAAGUCAAUGACAUGUUCCGAAUCAUCCCUGGAAUAGGUAAUUUUGGGGACCGCUAUUUCGGUACAGAUGCCCCUGCGGACUGGAGUGAUGAAGAUGACCCGGCUUGA